GGGGCUAUAAAACAGGAUAUCUCCGGCUAUGUAUCUUUGGUGAUGAGAAGCAAGUCUCUGUCGCAUAAGCCGCUCGAUUCUCUUCUCUUCUCUUUCAAACCCAAGAAUCGAAUCACAAGUGGAACACAGUAGUUUCAAAUUCCCUCUUCCUCUCCUCUUUAAUGAGAGAAAGAGAAAAGGGAAUUCCAAGCCCAAAGUAGACCAAAAACCCCAAAAACCUAUCUCACUCUCUCUCACUCACUCUCUCUCUCUCUCUCUCUCUCUCUCUCUCUCUCUCUCUCUCUCUCUCUCUAUAUAUAUAUAUAUAUAUCGAUAGCUGAGGACACAUAUGCGCUUCUACUUACUCAAAUAGGAUCAGGAAGGGGUGAUGUAUAAUACCUCGCUGCCGCUACUCUCUGGAGAGCUAUAAAACAUUGGGUGGAGAUUUUGCUGCUUUUGAGGCCUCUAUCUCGCCGCCAUCGCAGAGAGUUGGGGCUGCAUUUAAGUGGAAUAGUUGGGGGAUUUAAACCCUCUCUGGUUCUUCGGCUGUAAGGGGAGAAAAGGUCAGAACUUGUAAAUCAACUUUUGGGCAAUCAAGGGGAACGAGUGCUUUCGGAGAUCUGGGUUUCAGAAAGAGACUUCUCGAACAAGAUCUGCCGGAAUUUAACCAAGACAAUGUUGGCCCAGAAGCAAGCCGAAGAGGCCAUCGUCGCCGACUUCAACGAAACCGAGCACGACGGCAAGGAAGAGAACAGCCAUGACGAUAACCAGUCCAUUCUCAGCGUCAAGAGCUUCCUCUGGCAUGGCGGCUCCGCCUGGGACGCCUGGUUCAGCUGUGCUUCCAAUCAAGUUGCCCAGGUACUGUUAACGUUGCCGUACUCUUUCUCUCAACUGGGCGUGCUAUCCGGAAUAAUAUUCCAGAUAUUCUAUGGUCUUGUUGGAAGCUGGACGGCUUAUCUCAUCAGUGUUCUAUACAUCGAGUACCGAACAAGAAAGGAGAAAGAGAAUGUCAGCUUCAAGAACCAUGUCAUCCAGUGGUUCGAAGUUCUUGACGGGCUACUGGGUCCUUACUGGAAAGCUGUGGGUCUAGCCUUCAACUGUACAUUUCUCCUAUUCGGAUCUGUCAUCCAACUCAUUGCUUGCGCAAGUAACAUAUACUACAUCAACGACAAAUUGGACAAGCGGACAUGGACAUACAUAUUUGGAGCUUGCUGCGCCACCACUGUUUUCAUCCCCUCCUUCCACAACUACCGGAUUUGGUCUUUUCUCGGCCUCGGAAUGACCACCUAUACUGCCUGGUACUUGACCAUCGCAGCUCUACUUCACGGCCAGGCUGAAGGGGUGGCGCACUCUGCUCCCACCAAGAUGGUGCUGUAUUUCACCGGCGCCACCAAUAUUCUGUACACCUUUGGUGGCCAUGCUGUCACUGUGGAAAUAAUGCAUGCAAUGUGGAAGCCCCAAAGAUUCAAGUACAUCUACUUGAUGGCCACUCUCUACGUCUUCACCCUGACGAUCCCGUCAGCCACCGCCGUGUACUGGUCGUUCGGCGAUCAACUGUUGAACCACUCAAAUGCCUUCUCCCUCCUCCCCAAGUCCAGAUGGCGAGAUGCCGCUGUUAUCCUAAUGCUCAUUCACCAGUUCAUAACGUUUGGCUUCGCCUGCACGCCGCUGUACUUCGUGUGGGAGAAGGUGAUUGGAAUGCAUGACACAAAGAGCAUAUGCCUACGGGCUCUGGCGCGGCUGCCUGUGGUGAUUCCUAUAUGGUUCUUGUCCAUAAUCUUUCCGUUUUUCGGGCCAAUUAACUCAGCUGUUGGAGCUCUCUUGGUUAGCUUCACCGUCUACGUUAUUCCAUCUCUUGCUCAUAUGCUCACCUACAGAAAGGCCUCUGCCCGGCAGAAUGCAGCCGAGAAGCCUCCUUUCUUCCUGCCGAGUUGGACGGCAAUGUACGUCGUGAACAUCUUCGUGGUGGUGUGGGUGCUGGUAGUCGGGUUCGGGUUCGGCGGGUGGGCUAGCGUGACCAACUUCGUCAGGCAGGUUGACACGUUCGGGCUCUUCGCCAAGUGCUACCAGUGCAAGCCGCCAACCCCUCCGGCUAAACACUGACUCGCCGAAGACCGUCAACCACUGAACUCUCCCGUUUUGUAACAUACCAAGGGAGUUGGCAAUACUUCCUCUACAUGUGAUGUGUGUUGGUUUUCAUCUUCUCUUUUCUCCUAUUUUUUUGCCGUCAUUUACUAGAGAAAAUAGAAUGUUGAAUUGUGAUGGUUCCUUUGCUAUCAAAGCAUAGGCUAAUCAAAUCAAAUAUGUCUUUAACUUUGUUGGAAUUUUUAUUUUAUACGACAUAUAUAUAUAUAUAUAUAGUUUGAUCA